UAUCUUCAAGCAUCUAAAUUUUGAUCUCUCUCUCUCUCUCUCUCUCUCUCUCUCUCUCGUUCUCUGGAACACAAAAAUGGGCUUUCGUUUACCUGGAAUGAGAAAGGCUUCAUUUGCCACCAAAACAGCUUCUUCAAAAUCAAGUGAAAUACCAAAGGGAUAUCUUGUGGUAUAUGUUGGAGAGCAAGUGAAGAGGUUUGUCAUCCCCAUAUCUUACUUGAAUCAACCUUCAUUUCAAGAGCUGUUAAGUCGAGCGGAAGAAGAAUUUGGAUAUGAUCAUCCAAUGGGUGCUCUUACUAUUCCUUGCUCAGAAGAUGCCUUCCUACAUGUCACUUCUUACUUCAAUGGCUGCUAACUUGCUAAGACAAGACUAACUUAGAUUAGUUCUUUACACAGUAAAGGAGGCAAUUUAGAUCCUUUGACCUUGUAAAGAGUAGUUGCAUUUUCUUUUUCUUCCCCCUUGAGAAGUAGCAAAUUGUUUAUUUGAAUGAGACGUUCUAAAUAAUUUUGAAUAUUU